AAACACACACAAAGUGUGCAAGACCACAGCCGAGUCAACUCCUAUUUUCUCAUUCUCAUUUCCAUUAUUAAUAAUACAUCUCCUCCCACCAUGAAAAGAUCUGCGAUGAGGCUGCGCGUAAAAUAUUGCGCUCCUCAUGCGUCCUCACGCUCUGCUCCUCCUCAUCAUCACCUUCAUCGUUAGACCAGGGUAAACCGGAUGCGCACCCCGACAUGGCCCACCACCACGCCGACAUCAGUCCGCGUCGCCCGGGCUUGACGUGCCUCAUCCUCCCCCUUCUCCUGGUACUCCUCGUCUGCGCCAAUUUAAGCGUGGGUGCGCCAAACAACGACACGCGUGGACAUGCAGCUGAGGACCACCGUCGGGACCACCAGGGUAACACAACGAAGGCUUUUCCGGUUCUGUCAUUCAAUUACGAGCACGUCCGGAAGCCCUUCGAGAUCUCGCUAUGGAUUCUACUUGCACUGCUCAUGAAACUCGGCUUCCACAUCAUCCCCCGAGUGUCGCACGUGGUCCCCGAAAGCUGCCUGCUGAUCUUUGUGGGGCUUCUGGUAGGGGGCGUCAUCAAGGCCGUCCGCCAGACGGCGCCCGUGCUGGACACCAAGCUCUUUUUCCUCUACCUGCUGCCGCCCAUCAUCCUGGACGCCGGCUACUUUCUGCCCAUCCGGCCCUUCACCGAGAACCUGGGAACCAUCCUGGUGUUUGCUGUGGUGGGCACCCUGUGGAACGCCUUCUUCGUGGGUGGUGGCAUGUACGGCGUCUGCCUGCUGGAGGGCGAACAGCUGGCCGGCGUUGACCUGCUGUCCUGCCUGCUCUUCGGCUCCAUCGUGUCAGCUGUGGACCCCGUGGCCGUGCUAGCCGUCUUUGAGGAAAUCCACAUCAACGAACUGCUGCACAUUUUAGUCUUCGGGGAGUCGUUGCUCAAUGACGCCGUCACCGUGGUUUUGUACCACCUGUUCGAGGAGUUCUCCCACGCCGGUGUGGUAACGGUGCCCGACGCCCUACUCGGGGUGCUGUGCUUUUUCGUGGUAUCAUGCGGCGGCAUCCUGGUCGGCGCAAUCUACGGGCUGCUGGGCGCCUUCACCUCCCGCUUCACGUCGCACACACGCGUCAUCGAGCCUCUCUUCGUCUUCCUCUACAGUUACAUGGCCUACCUGUCGGCCGAGGUCUUCCACCUGUCGGGCAUCAUGUCGUUGAUAUCAUGCGGAGUGGUCAUGCGUCCCUAUGUUGAGGCCAACAUCUCGCACAAGUCAUACACCACUGUCAAAUACUUCCUGAAGAUGUGGAGCAGUGUGAGCGAGACCCUCAUCUUCAUCUUCCUCGGCGUCUCCACCGUGGCAGGGCCGCACGCCUGGAACUGGACCUUCGUCAUCGUCACGGUGGUCCUCUGCCUCGUCUCCAGAGUGCUGGGCGUGGUGGGCCUGACGUACGUCAUCAAUAAGUUUCGCAUCGUCAAGUUGACCAAGAAGGACCAGUUCAUCGUUGCUUAUGGGGGCCUGCGAGGCGCCAUCGCUUUCUCGCUGGGCUUCCUGCUGACAGACAGCAAGAUGAAGCACUUGUUCCUCACCGCCAUUAUCACCGUCAUUUUCUUCACCGUCUUUGUCCAGGGGAUGACCAUCAGGCCACUGGUGGAGCUCCUAGAAGUGAAGAAGAAGAGACAGUGUGACGGCUCCAUCAAUGAGGAGAUUCACACGCAGUUCUUGGAUCAUCUUCUUGUGGGAAUUGAGGACAUCUGUGGUCAUUAUGGACACCAUCAUUGGAAAGACAAGUUGAGUCGCUUCAAUAAGACUUACGUUAAGAAGUGGCUCAUUGCGGGUGACCGUUCCACCGAGCCACAGCUGCUCUCCUUCUACAACAAGAUGGAAAUGAAGCAGGCCAUGAUGAUGGUCGAGAGUGGCAGUGUCAACAUUUUCAAGCCGUCCCCGAUGGUGCCUGACAUCGAGCCCGAGUUCCCGUCCCGACGUAGGGUGAACAUAUCCAAAAGUCGCGAGAAGGAAAUUCGAAAGAUGUUGCACUCCAACAUGCAAAAGAAUAGGCAACGGCUUCGUUCGUACAGUAGGCACGACCUGAUGAUCGACCCCUUCGAAGAUGACGAGAGCGAAAUUCACUUUAGGAAACGAGUGGAGAUGGGGAGAAGGAUGAGCCACUAUCUCACAGUGCCCGCAAAAAGGCCGGAACCACCUCCCUCUGUGAGACGGGUUGCCUUCCAACAAGAACAUCGAGUGUACACGUACGACGAUAGCGAAAGCAGCAGAGAUCCACCGCCGACAGAGGCCAAGACGAACCCGAGCUCGCCCAACACCGUCGACCUGCUGAACGAAUUCAGUCGCGGGCUUCGGGAAGAAGAGGAGAAUGAAGAACAGCAGCACAUAGCGCUUCGUCGUCUUAGUGACCCUGGUCCAAAGUAGUAGCUGAAGAAACAAAUUUGUCUUGGUAGGAUUUUUCUUUACAGUAACCCUUAGUAAUUCUUCCCUUAACAAGCAUAGUUCCGCUGAUGUACAAGGGUCUUCUAUAAGCAACAACUAUUUGUACAUUCCUAUUAUCAGAGUCUUUAGUGACAUCUUGUGGCAUUUUAGCGUUACUUCAGUACAAAAUUUAAGUUGUGCCUUGAGAUAUGAGUGACCCUACUAUAAGGACGCUUUGAUAUAGGUAAUUUGACAGUCUUUGUAGUAUUGACUUGUGAGGCAAAAUUUGAAAUACAAGUGUGGUAUUGUGAUCAUGAAGUCAAGUCAACUUGCAAAAAACAGCAGACAAAAGGGAACAAUUCCUUUCAAUUUAUUACCACUUCUACAUGACGUUAAAGGUCAAACUAAACAUAAAAUAAAGAGAUUAAAAGUGUUUGUUUUACUCUUUUAGGGACAGUACAUCUGUUUAAAGAUUUAUCAUUAGGUUAACUCAUUCACUGCUAGCCAAGGUCCCAGAGUAUAUGUUGUUGUAGUGAGUGAAAGAAGGAAAUUGAUAUUGAAAAAAUCUACUGACGGCAUUAGACAUCCAAUUAUUUUCAGCUAGGAGUUAAAAUGGAUUGGAUGUCUAUUGUAGUCAAGGGCAGCCAAAGAGUUACGAUAUGUGAGGUCACAAGAGAUCUAUAAAACGGUGAAUACAUAUCGCGGAAAACACGGACAAGACUGAAAAAGCAGUUUCUGCUCUUGCACUCCUCUUUAAAAGAAACUGCUGUAUUUUAAGCCAGAAAAAAUGUUGUCUUUGAUAGAACAAUAUGUCUGUAUGCUGCCAUAGCACAUUUAUGGUGCAUUAAGUCCCCGAACUAUUUUUAAUUUGUCUGUUUUACUCUGGAAACCCCUGUUUACAGACGUCGCGCAACCGCUUUUGUUUCAACCCAGCCAUAAAACAAAGGUAAUUAUAUUCAGUAUUCAAAAUUUCUGUCAUUUUUAGUUUAGAAUAAUUAAUUGAUGUCAAAUAUUUUGUUUGGGAAAAAAAAAAAAAACUUUAAAAAAUUAUUCACUCGCAUAUUUUAAACUUUUAAACAAAUGACGUCACAAUGAAAAAAACGGCGUCUGUAAAAAAGUCACGGAUAUCUACCUCAUAACUAUCGCUUAAUUGUAUUUUUUUGUUACUGUCACUUUUUUUCCGAUAUGUUAGAUGAUAAAUAAUGGAUCCAAACAAAGAAAAAUAGAAAGAAAAAAAAAAGUAUAAAAGGGUAAAUAUAUGAAAAAGAAAAUCUCGACCACUCUUUGAUGUCUACGAUUUCUUCAUCGCGACCCUUGUUAUAUUACCAUGUUUCACCCAUUAAAUCCCCCCAAAAUCCAGCUGUGGCCAUUUACAGCUGUGUCUUGACACUCGGUGAUACAUGCUACAUGGAGUUUAGACAUAGAAUAUAGACAUUGUUCUAUCAAACACAACAGUUCUUUUGGCUUAAAAUACAGCUGUUUAUUUUAAAGAGGGGUGCAAGAGCAGAAACUGCUUUUUCAGCCUUGUCUGUGUUUUCCGCCAUAUAUAUGUAUGUAUGUAUACAUAAUGAAUAGGAAUAAAACAUGUAAGUCCACCGGAGUAUAAUUCACAUUUUUGGGAAUUUUAUUUGAUCAAAUCCAACACAAAGAACAGACGUGUCGUCUUGAAAGGCAAUUUGAAAUAAAAAAUAUAAUAGAGAACAACAGGCCGAAAAAGUGUACGGUAUGCUAAAUGACGCAUAAACAACAAACUGAGAACGUGCCAGGUACGUUAACGUUGCAUAGCUAUUAAGAGUUAUUCAGAUAACUAAAGCGGAAGGAACAUGCUAACAAGCAGCGUGGGGAAAGUUCGUUUUCUAGUUCAAAUUGCAGUUCAUAAUUUUUAAAAACGAACUGUUCAGUUCAUAGUUCAUAAUUCAAAAUUUUCAACUAAAGUUCAUGUUUUUAAAAAAUAUGAACUUUUGUAGUUCUUUCUUCUCCCCAAUAAUUGCUGCAAGCUAUAAUUGACAGAGACUAUAUUAGAGCCACAGAGAGCACUUGUUUUAUCCACUUCAAUACACAAAAUAUUAAAUGUGAUGGUUCACUUAUUUUUUUCCCCCUUCUGUCAUUGUUUGCAUACUGUCCUCAUUAAAAUAUGAAAACCUAUAAAUGUUUGGGUGGUUUUAGUUAAAACAGACCGUGUUUUCAUCUGUGUGAUUUUGACAAAGAUCAGAUCACAUUUGCUGGGGAUUUUAUGCAGAAAUGUGAGAAAUUCUAAAAUGUUCAGAUAAUUUUUCAUACCACUGUAACGUUACAAACGGCCCGAAUGUAGCGAUUACAAUGUAAAACACCAAAAACUUUCUAUAAACAAAGAAUUUAAGUACUUAUGUUUGGUCAUGGACGCACACGAAGGAAAGUUCUCUCUCACCACAACUUCCCUGUGCCGUUAAGCAUUUAUCUAUGCCGUAUUCAUGUUGCAGAAGUAUGUUUAUGAUGCAACUUGUUUAAAGAUGCAAAAUAAAGUCCAACUGAAUGUAAAAGAAUGGUUAUUCGCCGCCAUAAAAGCUUCGGGAGCAAAAUCUGCGAUAUUUUCAAAAAAAACACUGCCGUGACAGCCUCAGGCAGCUCUAGUUGCCGUGUUAAGAAGUUUUCAGCUAAUAAGUUUUUGUUUUGUUUUUUAAAUUGUGUUUUUAGCCUAUGGCUUUAUCUGCAGUUUUGUUGGAAAGGCUCUAAUUCUGAACUCAUAAAUGUGGUAUAUGGACUACGUGUCCCAUGAUCACCCUGGGUUCACACAGCCAAUGAGAGUUGGGGGAUGGGAUAAAUCACUGCUCCGUUAUAUAAUAUCUAGUGGGAUGUGCGCAAGACUUACGGUGCAUCAAAAAAAAAAAAAAAAAAAAAAAGAAGAGUUGAGAUCCUAUCCUCACAUAUACCGCAGUAGUCGCGUAUUUUCUUUGCUGCACAACACCAGUACCUAACAAUGAACGAGGUUAUGAACGCUGCUCACAACUGCUAGAAUGAGUUCAUAGUAGCGUUGCGUUCAUGAGACAAAAAUAUGACGCGUUCAAUUCACGUUCGCCCAAAAUAUGAACGUUUUCAUGCACACUGCUAACAAGCAAUAUUAUAAUAUGUUAAAAAAUUUCCCACGCCAGUUUUUUUCAAAAUGGAUCCUUCAGUUAAUUGAUUCAUUUUAUUAGAAAUUAUUCAAAUAUUUUUUUCAAUUGCCCAUCGCUAAAUAUAUGCAUUCAACACAAACACUACCAUUAAAUUUCAAAAGGCGGCCACAAAAUAUUGUCCCAUGGGCUGUAAUUGGCCCCGGUGCCACACGUUUGAAAUAUAUGUCCUAUGUGAAUGUAAUAAAAACAUCUAAAAGAAGGGAAAAAAAACAUAACUCAUGCAUGUUUGAGUUUAGAGGAGGCCCUUUAUGGCACUUAUAGUCAUUACACGUCAUGAUGAUUUGCGAUUUGAAAUUCUAGCGUGGUUCUGGAACAGCUUAGCUCAUAUCUCAAGGCACAACAGGAUACGUACGUUUUUUUUUAUUUUUUUUAUUGUUAUUAUUUAUGGCUUUGCGCUUCUUUUUUGAUUGCCAGAGACGCCAAACGGGUGAAGUUUCCCCAUCAAAGCACAUGCAUAGUACUGCUGUAGCGUGGCCACCAAAGAACAUCCCAUUCAUGCCAAAAGAUUGCAUUUAUUCUCGCAAACAUUGCUGCGUGAUUCACGAUUUUCUCAGGGACAUGUCAACUUGUUUAAACGGGACAUUUUUUUGUAAAAUAUUUACGAAAAAUAUAUCGAAAACAUUUCUCCAGCUUUGCCAUUGUGUAUGAAUUCUGAAGAGCAUUCCGUGUUUUGGUGAUAAAAUUCACAAGAUACAGUAGUUUGACCUCCUCUUUACACAUUUCUGGACGGAUGAAACCAGUUCAUCAGCAUUCACAUGCAAUUUUAACAGAGAUUGGACCUGAAUGUUUACACAUAUGGUAUCUGUCUUACAUAUCUGCACUGCCUGAGCUUAAGCUGCCUGCAUGUUUGCCUUAAAAGAAUGUUUAUAGUUGUGCCUGUCAAAGUAUUUUUAUAUUUUCAAACCCAUAAAUAUUG